AUGUUCUCUAAAUUCGUUGUCGCUCUCACAUUGGCAUCCACGGCGUUCGCGACAGUAUUUAUCACUGAGCCCUUUGGUGUUACGACCUACGCAGCUGGCAAAGAGGCCACUAUUCGAUGGAAGGACGAUGGCAAUGCGCCCUCUCUAGCUGAGUUCGGGCCUGCCAAGAUCUCCAUCUACGUCGGGAACUCCAGGCAGCAGACUUCCCUGCAACUCCUUGCGGAUGAUAUCGACGUUUCCAAAAAUUCUUCCCUUGCUUUCACUCCCAAUGCGACAAUUGGACCAAACAGCAGCGAAUACUUCAUUCGCGUCGAAUCUCUGUCGCUCAAGGAUCCAUCUCAGCCUACAAUUCCCGCGCUUGCAUUUUCGGCAAGAUUCACUCUUACAGGCAUGACUGGAACGUUCAGCGCGGCUGUUCAAUCUCAAAUUGCAGGACAGUCCACGGCUCCCCUUCCGUCUGUAACAUCCACGACCACUUCUACCACUACCUCAGCCACAUCCACCUCCAGCUCUUCUAGCAGGAGCAGCACUGGCACUGCGUCUAACGCCAGUGCUUCUCCGUCCACUGGCAGCGCCAUGGGUAUCGUCAACCCACACGCCGGACUGGCUGGAGCCCUCUUGAGCGCCCUUGUCGGUAUCACGUUGUUCUAG